AUGUCGAAUCCUCAAUACAACCCAGGCACUCCUCCACAACCUACUCCCUCUGACUCAUCCACCCCUUCUCCACCCAGCACAACUCCUCAACCUAGGAGAAGGCGAGUAAAAAUGCUUGCUCGCAAAAUGGUGGCAACUGGUGCUCUUUCCAAGAAAUUGAACGAGAAACUAAAGGCAAGCCAAGCCCAAGAUUUUGAGAACUCAGAUGAUUCAUUCAAAUAUGGAAGUGAGGGGGAAGGAACUAGGUCUUCUGACUCUAAGAAGGCUCAAAACUCCCCUUCUGAUGUACGUUCUGUUUUGGUUGAGAAUGUAGACAAUAGUAAUGUGAGGGGAAAAGGGAAAGAAGUGGCUGGUUCUUCACCCACUUCUAAAUUGGUGGUACCAGCUAUCUGUGGGGUUGAACAUACAACUGUGGAAGAAAGUAGCAAGAAGACAGGGGGUAGUGGCUCAGGGGAGGCUGCUGAAGGAUUGGUUAUUCUUAGUUCACAGGCAGAUGAACCUGGUUCAUCUAUUGAGGAGACCCUAGUAGACGUUCUGAAGAAAGUGGGUGCUAGCUAUGAUCCAAAGAAAAGGAGAACCCCAACACUAAAAGCCCCCAGCACUGCAAAACCUUCCAAGAAAAGAAAGGCUUCUUCCCCAACAACCGCUGAAAUUUCCUUGCCAAAGGGGAGAGCCACUAGAAGUAUGGUGAAACAAAGUGAGAGUGAGUUACAAAAGGCUUUGGCUGAAAGCAAGAAGAAGAGGAUGGAUAAAGGAAAAGCUAAGGUUGCAGAGCCUUCUGAGGCUGUUAAUGUUGAGGAGAUGGAACAAGUCCAUCAUGAGGAACAUACAACUGUGGAGGCAGGAAACAAGGCACAUUGCCAACUGCAUGGACUUAGUUCUGAUGGACUGUCUUGA